AUGACCUAUGUCCGGCGGAGUCCCUGCCUGAUGACAGAUCAGAGGAGGCCUGUGGCGACCCGCGACAUUCUCUGGCUCACCAUCAACAACAUAACAGUAGUAAACUUCUAUCGACAACCGCACUACGAUGAAGCACUGGAGAUGCUCCUCCAGUGGACCACACCAGGAAGCUUGCUCAACCCUGCCGAUGUGCCAACGAACCCACAUGGCAACACAAUAGACCUCGCCUUCUCCAACAUACCACUAUCCGAAGCUGUCGUGGAGGAACACCUGGCCACCAGCUCUGACCACUUCACGCUCAGCGUGACACUCGCUGACCUGGCUCCGGCCUCGGUGCCGCUAGGAAAGGUCCGCCUCACCUCUGACGACGAGCUCGCUCGUUUCGCCGAAAUGGUCGAUUCCGGAGCAACAGCUAUCCCGGCCGCGGCCUCGUCUCCCAAGAGCUUGAUUCCUGGCGUUGGCGCUCGUGGAACUUCUCCAACUGGCAGCCAAGGCCGCCGGUCGCCCUGUCCGCAAAGGGCACGCAGCGCGCCCUGGUGGACAGAAGAAUGCGCCCUCGCCGCGGCGGAAUACCGCGCGAUUAGGAGAGUCUACCCUCUCGGCUUCAAUCGGGAAGUCCAGCUUGCAAAGAGACUUCCAGAAAGUCCGGUCCGAUGGCUGAGAUCACCGGGCGCUUUCCAGCCUCCGCCCCUACAAGCGUCACUUGAGGAAGUGCGCGACGCAACCCUACGGACAGGAAACACGUCUCCCGGCCCCGACAGCAUCACGGUACAAAUGCUCAAGGCGGUAUGGCAUAUUAUCGGAAGCCACGUCCAGCGGCUGUACGAAGGCUGCCUCACCAUCGGCCAUCACCCGAAGCCGUUCAGAGAGGCCGAAGUAGUCAUGAUAACAAAACCAGGCCGAAGGAACCUCUCGACCCCUCGUGCCUGGCGACCCAUCUCCCUACUGUCCUGCCUAGGCAAAGGUCUCGAGCGGCUCAUCGCACGCCGCCUGGCAUGGGCCUCCGUCCACUACGGAGUCCUCCAUUCACAACAAGCUGGCGCUCUCCCGAAGAGAUCUGCCGUUGACCUUGUUGCCGCUCUGCUGCAUGACAUUGAAGAGGCGUUUGCCCGCGGACAAGUUGCCACGCUGAUCCUUCGCCUCCGCAUCUGGCUCGACAGCACCCUGUCGUUCAAGACACACGUGGAAAAGUGGACAGCCAAGGCACAGGUCGUGGCCUAUCACUUGAAAAGUCUGGCAAACACCAAACAUGGUCCUCUUCCCGGUGCCGUUCGCAGAGCCCAGGCGGCCAAUUCUCCUCCUCGCCGCUUCGGCGACGAUCAGGCGCUGCCUCUGCAAACCGCCCCGAAAGACCAGUCAGCAGCGGAUUUCCGCAUUUGGCUCCGGUCAGUGCCACCACACACUCUGGUCGUCUACUCAGACGGAUCGCUCUCCUCGGAUGCAGCGGUCGGUUAUGGCUAUGCCAUCCAUCUGGAUGGGCAAACCGUCCUAAGUGGCUGCGGCCGACUUGGGCCCGCUGAGGUUUUUGAUGCGGAAGCGAAAGGCGCGCUCGAGGGCCUGCGCGCUGCCCUAAGCCUCCCACGAUCGCAGAGGGUAGUCGUUUGUCUCGACAACAUCGCGGCGGCAACAUGCCUCAGAGGCAUGCCGGCAGACUCCUCCCAGGAUGUCUUCCUCGAGUUCCAGGCCCUGGCCACAGCACACGCGAAAGCAGGAACCUCUCAACCCGAGCCCGCAGGCGCUGUCCCGACACUGGCAUAUCUGCGCAGGGCUGCAGGCAGCAGCCUAAAGUGCAUUUAA